CAAACCAAACACACAAAUUAUUUUUAACAACGCUUUUAUUAUGACUAACUUUCAGUAUUAUUUUUUAUUUAUUUAUCCAUGGGAAGUAAAUACAAAGAAAGGAAAGAAACAAUAGGCCUUAACAAACAAAAGAUGACCCAAUCAUAUCAGCAACUAGCCGGCUUGCAAUCUCGCUAGGAGACAGCUUUUAUAAACACACUCCUUGGAUUGAUGCUGGUGGAUUAGAUUAGGCUUUGUUAUAUUUAAGUUUAGUUUUCUUAUGUUCCCACUUUAUUUCAUUCUCUAAGUGUUGGUGCUUAUAUUUUUCCUAUGGAUAAAUUAUUCCGUUGUCCCUUAAUUUGACUCUUGGUGCUUAUAUUUUUGGUAUAAUUACACCCCAGUAGAAUAAAAAAAAAAAAUAAUGAAAAAAUUUAUAAUUUUAAUUAAUAAUAUUUAUAAAAUUUCUUGUUAAUUUGUAAUUAUUUUUUUAAAAUACCACUGAUGUGAUAUUUCCCCUAUAUUUUUCUUAUACACAAACAUUUUUUUUUCCUUCAAUUUUUUAUGUUGUGUGAAAUUUAGUCCAAUUCAUAACAUUUGUUCAGAAUUUUAACAGAAAUUAAGAGAAAAAUAGUCCAUUCAAAAAGGCAUGGACCAUUUCCAAUUGAAAAAUUGUAUUCGCACGUCUCAAAAAAUUUCAAUACACAGGUUUAUGUCAUUCAAAUAUAAACUUAUAUGAACAAGUCAAAUGUUCAAAUAUAAACAUUCGAACCAAAAAAUAGUUGUUCAAGUAUAAACUACUAAAACAAGGUUCGUGGGGAAGUCUCUCUCUCUAACUGAGAGCUUCUCUCUCUAGGUCACACCUAGGGCUUUUUUGGGUUUAUCCCAGGUCUCUGGAGUUUCUUUCUCACAAUUUUAUUGGCCCUCACCCAUUUUGAUCUGCCCUCCCUUUCUCUCAACCCAAGCAGAAACCAUCUCUCUACCUAAAUCUCUUUCCUUCCUUCUCCAUAACUUUCCAUCUCAAUCUUUUCCAGGUCUUGGUUUCUAUUCCAAGCCCUAUUAGUCCGAAAGCUACAAUGGCGGCUGAUCCGUCUAGGGGCCACGAUUUAGUCACGCUGGAACUUGAAGAGGGCACUGAUGAGUGCGAGGAUAACUCCUCAUUAUGCGUUAUUGGGAAAAUUCUUACCUCCAAAGCUUUGAAUAAGCAAGCGGUUUAUCGAAUUCUGCAGGGGGCUUGGAAAACACGAGCAGUGGUGUCCAUUACGUCCUGGCCCGAUAAUGUUUAUUUGUUCAAAUUUGGGGAUGAAGAGGACAGAGCUCUAAUCUUAAGAACUGCCCCUUGGUCAGUUAUGGGAAAUCUUCUGGUUCUGCAACCUCUGCAGAUUGGUAAGGCUAUCUCGG